GUUCACCUCAUCUUCACGCCAUGAUCAUCGACGACACCCCCGCCUCUCCAAAAAAGACCCAGCAGCGCCUCUCGGAGGCAUCUCCGCAGUACGAUGUGGAGCACGCGCCUCCUCCCGCGUAUCCCGGCCCUCAAUCAGACUGGGCCCGGGCUGUCGCUAGCUAUGGUAUUCAUGCAGGUCCUCGCAGUCUGUUGCUUCCCCUUCGUGAGGAGACCAAGAAGGGUGAACCGGCCGAACGAAGGUUCAUCAAGGCGUUCCUCGUCGCGUUCUCUAUCUGGGCCGUCCUUGCGUUCCUGGCAAGCAUCACUGUCGACUCUGCUUUUCGGAAGUCACGGCAUCCACGGUGGCGUUCUAUCCCAGAGGAAGAGGAUGAUCGGCUCGGAUGGCCACUAGCGAGCGAUGGCAGGAUCAUCCGAUGUGUGAGCGGCUACCCGGAGUGGUCGCAACACGGCCUGCCAGACCCUACCACGUCAUUCGAGCUCCCGCUAUCCCUAGAUGCCUUGUACCUGUUCUCCCGGGGAACGUUAUCGAGGGGGACCGUGCACUUUGUCCAGGACUCGCAGUGGCCGCCUAGAGACUCCGCACGGGUGGAAGUCUCCCUACUGCAUUCGACGACGGCGGACUUGGAAGUCGCCAGUGUGUGCCUGAUGGAGCGGGAGGAAGGCCAGCGCGGUAUCGCUCUCUUGACGCCCAUGAAAUGGCGCACUUCACCAUCUGCGCGGUUUCGCUUCGAAGUGACGGUUCUUAUGCCAGCCACGUCCACGGAGUAUCCCUUGAAUGUAUCCGCCUUCGAGACCGAUCUGCCUAUGUUUUCCCACUAUGUGGAUGAGCUUCCGAGCGAGCUCUUGUUUCGGACGCUCUCCUUGCGGUCAAAAGAUGCGCGCAUUCAUGUGCAGUCCGUGCAUGCCGAGCGUGCGGAGCUCAGAACGACGAAUGGGGCGAUUGAAGGAGAAUUCCACACAUCGGACACGCUGACGUUGACGACGUCCAAUGCACAUAUCAGGGCAGACGUAUAUCUGUACCAUGACGACCUCAACGAAAGCAGUACCAAAGUUAACAUGCACACAUCCAACGCCGCCAUCAUAUCCAGCGUGAAUCUCAUAUCCACAUCGCCUUCUCAUCCCUCCAUAGGCGGAUCGUUCGAAGUAUCCUCGGAAACGAGCAACGGACCGCUCAGCCUAACCUUCCCUUUCUCGGCGUCUUCUUCCCGUCUCGACGCCAUCGCGCGGACGUCGAACGCCCACAUAUCAGCCACGGUGAACCCCGCGUACGAGGGCUCCUUCGAGGUGCGCACGUCCAACGCAAAGCCCGCUGUGUUCUAUGACGGUCGCGUGGAGGACCCCUCCGGCAGGGGGCGCAGAAGGUACAUGACGGAAUCGCAAGUUGGGAAGACGAUGGUUGGCGAGGUGAGCUGGGGCAGGCCGGAGAGCGGGGUGCAUGUAGGUUCUGUCAGCUUGCGCACGUCGAAUGCGCCUGCCGUGCUCAGUCUAUGAUGCGUGAUGUCGAUUGUUUUCGGGGCUGUGUGUCCCGCUGGUUAUAUGUAGAGUUGUGCUUGUACGAUUGAUCGUCGGGAUCCUGAUACGUGAAUAACGAUUGAUUAUGAAUCUACU